UGCCACCAUCGUCUGCUGCAGCAGUCUCGUGCCGUUUGCGAAAGGAAACUGUUCCGCAUUAUGGAAAGCGUGAUAUUAUGGCCGGUGAUGGUGAUAUUUCUCGUCGUCGGUCAGCUGGCAACGAUCGGUCGGGGUGCGAAUAUUCUCUACAUCAGCAGUGUCGCAUCGCCGAGCCAUUUUCUAUGGAGCCAACGGCUGUUCGAACGCCUGGCCGAGGAUGGCCAUAAUGUGACGGUGGUAAAUCUGUACAAACAUGGCUUUAUACGGGGAGUUCAUUUGCUAAAAUUGGAUGGCGUUAUCGCUGACCUUUCCGAGGAGGAGGAGGUUGAUUACGUCGAGUUUGGACAAAUGAAUCCUUUCGAGAUGCAUGUGUCGUUUGCGGAGUUGGAACUGCAGGUGUGCGAGCUGGCUAUUAGAAACAGCGAAUUCAAACGAUUGCUUGAAUAUCCAAGGAAUUUCCGGUUCGAUUUGGUGAUACACGACCACCUAGCUGGGCCAUGCUUGUUAUCACUAUUACCGGCAUUCAACUACCCGCCUCUUGUUCUGGCUUCAGCACUUGAUCGGCUAUCAACCACAUCGUCGUCACUGGGAACUUUCUUCUUCCCAGGAUUCAUCCCAAACCAAGCAUAUGACGUUGCUGGACCUAUGAAUUUCUACCAAAGAAGCGUGAAUUUUGUGCUGUCCUAUUGGGAGCACUUUUUCAAAGAAUUUGUCUACUAUCCGAAGUUAGACAACCUCAUCAAAAUGAAUCUUAAUCAAACUGACAGGGUAUCAUGCUUGGAGAAACGCACAUUACUAGCACUGUUGAAUUACAAUUCUCUUCUGGAGCCACCUGAACCGAUGCUUGCGAGUAUAAUACCUGUUGGUGGCCUGCAUAUAAAACCAACAAACCAGCUUCCUUCAGAUUUAAUCCAAAUAAUCGACAAGUCAUCAAAUGGAUUCAUUUUGUUCUCUCUCGGAACCAACGCUCGUAGUGAUUUGCUGGAUACCGCAAUUCUCCUUGAGAUUAUAGCAUCAAUGACAACCCUAUCAUCCAUCACAUUUCUGUGGAAGCUGGACACUGAGGAUCGUCUUCCUGCGAAGCUCCCGAUCAACGUGAUCACUUCGGCUUGGUUCCCGCAGAACGACCUAUUGGCACAUCCCAACGCACGACUCUUCAUCACCCAUGGUGGAUUGCUGAGCACUCAGGAGGCAACUUGGCACGGAGUUCCGAUUGUUGGGAUCCCCAUCUACGCGGAUCAAUUCGGGAACGUCGAUCAGCUAGUUCGGAAGGGAGUUGGACAGCGUUUGUCUCUUAUGCAGCUUACAUCUCAUCAGCUGAUCGAUUGCAUAAAAGAUGUCAUUCAAAACGAAAGCUACAGGAAAAAUGCAAUGCUGCUAUCAAAGUUGCUUCGCGACAGGAGAGAACACCCUCUGGAAACAGCGGUUUGGUCAAUCGAAUGGGUACUGAGGAAUGCCGAAACCAGCCAUCAGUGGAACCAAUCACUAGUCAACUACGGAUUCUUGGAGAAAUAUUCCUUCGAUGUCAUCGUGGCGCUUGUUUGCAUUACAAUGCUAACAUUUACUGCCAUGGUGUUUACGAUUGUAGCAGUUCCGUGUCGGUUGGCAAAGAAUUAAACGAAAAUUGAAUAAGCAGCUAGGUAAAACCCCAAAGAUACCGCCACAAACAUUAAUUUCCUGACAAACUAUAGGGAAUAAAGCCUGUACCUACGUUCCAGCGGAAACCCGGAAGCUAUGUACACAUUGAAUCCAUGGGGAAAUCCUUCCCAACUUAUCGCUCAUUCGAUCUUUUCUCCCUUGUAUCCGUGAUUUUCCGGACCUUUUACAUCGUUGAAUGGAACCAAUGGAACGUUAAAAAAAAUGUAAAUAGUAUCAUAUCGGCUGGCGUUGUCGUCGUCUGGGUGGUACGAGUGGGGUGCACUGUAGCUAUAGAUAUGGAUGCACGCCAGCAUAUGUGGAGUAAUUGAAAAUACACAACCAUACCAAAUAGUGGAUAAGCAAACGAUGCCGACGGUGGAUGGCAUUAAAUUGCAAUGGAAAAUAAAACCACAUAAAUCCAUGCGGUCAGUGGUUAGAUUUUUGAUUAAAAAUCAAUCGAGCCCAGGUUUUACCACAUAGUAUCUUAUACAGGGGGUUUUUGAUAUUCUAGAAGGUAGAUGAAAAAAUAACGUAAUGUGCUUUGGGUUAGCAAUGAAGUCGCUUGAUUGUGAAUUACAUGUAUUCUGUUUGGAUUUUGAACAUUCAUAUUCUGAAGCUAAAAUUGUUUGCUGGAUAGAUCACACACCGUUAGGUCAGACUAGUGUCGGUUGCACGGCC